AUGGACGUCUCCAGCAACCGACUCUUCCGCUUCUCCAAGCCCGAAUGGCUGAACAACGCCGCCGUCCGCAACACAGGCGUCUACGUCUCCGGCGCACUGUUCGCCGCAGGCUUCUUCUUCCUUAUCGACGUAGCCUCCUUCUCGCAUAGCGCCCGUAAUGGCUCGGACGUGCAUAUCAAAUUCGUCGACUGGAUUCCUGGCAUUUGCUCCGCGCUGGGUAUGCUGGUUAUCAACUCCAUUGAGAAGUCGCGGCUGCAGGCCGAUAGCUUUAGUUACAGUGGGAGCGGGGUGGCCUGGAAGGCGCGCUUUGUGCUUUUCCUGGGCUUUGCGCUUUUAGCUGGUGGUCUUGCGGGGAGUGUGACGGUUAUGGUUCUCAAGUACCUUAUCAAGGACUAUCCUAUCCAGACACUUUACUUUGGUAUUGCCAAUGUUGUUGCGAAUGGAUUGGUUAUGUUGAGCUCUAUUGUUCUUUGGGUGUCGCAGAACAUGGAGGAUGACUAUACUUACAACCUCGCACUUUAA